AAAACCAGAUUGUCGUGGCUAGGGUCAUGGUUUGGUACUGAGAAGGCAACGUCGGAAGUGGAGGCUGAUCAGACUUUUAUAUUUAGGCAUGUACGAGAUCAUCAUCAAUUCGUUUACUAUGGUUAUUACUCUCCAUGGAAGCAACACAUAUGGGCUGAGUUUGGUGAUUCAUUAGAGGAAGUCCUCCACCUUGUUGCUGAUUUUCAUAUUGAGGUUAACUCAGCUCCAGGUAAAGCAGUAGAGACACUGCAAGAGCCUACAAAUAUGCAGCGGCCGUAUGCAAGCGACGUCAAAUUAUUGGAUCGGGAGACUUGGAAUAGAACAAGACUGAAUGGUUCCU